GGUUGCGAUUGGCUUCUACCCACGCUCCCGGAACUCAGUGGCCGUCGCGCGAAGGCUGAAGGGAGUGUGGCAGAUCGCUGUGAGAACCCGGAGAACCGGCAUGCCUCGGUAUGCGCAGCUUGUCAUGGGCCCCGCGGGCAGCGGGAAGAGCACCUACUGUUCCACCAUGGUUCAGCACUGCGAAGCCCUCAACCGAUCUGUCCAGGUAGUCAACCUGGACCCAGCGGCAGAACACUUCAACUAUCCUGUGAUGGCUGACAUCCGGGAACUGAUUGAGGUGGACGACGUGAUGGAGGACGAUUCUCUGCGGUUUGGUCCCAACGGAGGGUUGGUGUUCUGCAUGGAGUACUUUGCCAAUAACUUUGACUGGCUGGAGAACUGUCUGGGCCACGUCGAGGACGACUACAUCCUAUUUGACUGUCCAGGUCAGAUUGAGCUCUACACCCACCUGCCCGUCAUGAAGCAGCUGGUCCAGCAGCUUGAACAGUGGGAGUUCCGAGUGUGCGGGGUGUUCCUGGUUGAUUCUCAGUUCAUGGUGGAGUCAUUCAAGUUUAUCUCUGGCAUCCUGGCAGCCUUGAGUGCCAUGAUCUCCCUGGAAAUCCCACAGGUUAACAUCAUGACGAAGAUGGACCUGCUGAGCAAGAAAGCCAAGAAGGAAAUUGAGAAGUUUCUAGAUCCAGACAUGUACUCUCUGCUAGAAGAUUCAACAGGUGACUUAAGAAGUCAGAAAUUCAAGAAGUUGACGAAGGCCGUGUGUGGUCUGGUUGAUGACUACAGCAUGGUUCGGUUUCUGCCGUACGAUCAGUCAGAUGAGGAGAGCAUGAACAUCGUGCUCCAGCACAUUGACUUCGCCAUUCAGUACGGGGAGGACUUGGAGUUUAAGGAGCCCAAGGAGCAUGAAGAAGAGUCUUCCUCCAUGUUUGAUGAGUAUUUUCAAGAACGGCAGAAUGAGUGAGGUUGACUACGAAGCUCCUAUCCCGUUGUGGCCACAUCGAGAAGUGCUCUUCCCCUGGAGGAUGUAACAUGGGAGGCUGCUGCUGCUGUCUGUAAGGAACGCUGGGCUCUAGGGGUGAGCCAGUAAGUAAGCGAUUGAGCGAGCGAGUCUGGCCUGUGCAUGAGCUCUGCAACUGCUGCUCUUCCAGGAGUCAAAAGUCAAAGUAGAAAUUAAUGCACAAAGACUUGUAUAUAAUAUAAAUCAACCUAGUCACAGAUAUACAUCGCCCAUGUGUGGUGCGUGCGUGCGUGCGUGUGUGUGUGUGUGUGUGUGUGUGUGUGUGUGUGUGCAAUUAUACCCGAUAUAAAAUCAUUAUUACAAUUGGAUUUUUAUUUUUUGAGGGGUCUUCUUUUGAUUUACUUGUUUGUUUCUGGAGAGGUUCAAAUUAUUGUGACAAAAAUUAUAGAUCUACAUCAAAUCAAAAAAAUUGGAAGGCUAUACAUAAAUCUUAUUUUCCAAAAUGAAACAUGUAUUAUUUAUAUAAUUAAAAAUGAAAACGGUGUUUGA